AUGCAUAAAAACAGUCUUAGUACGACAAAUAUCACUUCAUUAGAUUGGUUGUCUGCAAAAAAUAUUUCUCGAAAAGAAUUCGACUAUUUCCACAUCCCGUCGUUUCUCGAUUAUGAUUAUAUCGCUUUAUUUGGUAAUGCUCGUGUUGCCGCUGUACAUCGCACAAGUAACGGCGAUGAGGCAAUACAAGCAGCAAUAAAAAAUGACGACGAAAUAAAGAUUGUGGUUGAUGACAGUAAAGCAAACGAAAAACAGUACAAAUGUGAAGUAUGUGGCAAGCAAUUCGGAAGUUCAGGAAUUCUCAAACACCAUAAGGUGCGUUCUGAAGAGACACCAAUUGACGCACGAAAACGUGCAAGCAUUCAUGUGUGA